AUGGGCGGCGGGAGUCUUUGCUCCUCCUCUGCCUGGGAUGUGGCAGGAGCAAGUGGUGCCUGCCCUCUAACUGGAGCUACUGGCGGCUCCGCUGUAGCAGCUCAUGCGGGUGCUCUGGCUGCACCACAUGGACGUCCUCGGCCUCUACACCGGCCCCGGUCCCUCGCAGCUCUAGUAGGGGGCGGGGGUGUCUGGUUAUCUGAUCCAGUUGUACCUGUCCUCACCAUCUCCACAUCUGCGGCUCCGCACGUACGGAAUUUCCAUCACAUGUGCGGUUCUCACUUAGCCAAGCAACCUCCGCUUUUGCGGACCCAAAUGCGCAUCUGCGCUCUCGCUCCUGCGACCCCAGGCUUGGCUAGCCUUUCCGCUUUUGCGCUUUCUCAAUCGCCCCAACGAGUCCGCUUCUGCGGAACUCUGACUGCAUCUGCAGUCCCAGUUGGGCAGGCCAGCUUCUGCGAUCAACCCCCCGUAUUUGCGAGCCCGCACCUGCGUCCUGUCCCUCCGCAGCUCAGAGUACACUCAUAUGCUUCUCCGGCCAGCUCUGGUCGUCGCAUAAUAUUGAGUUUGUACGAAGCAGCACAUCUGAGAGUGUACGGGGAGGAGAUUCUUGAAGAAGCUCUCACCUUUACCACCACUCAUCUCGUGUCCAUGGUCCUCAACUUGAGCAAUAAUUGGCUUAAGGUUCAAAUUACCGAAGCCUUAAGCCACCCUAUUCGCAAAACUGUACCAAGGGUGGUAGCAAGGAAAUACAUUUACAUUUACGAGAACAUUGAAGCGCAUGAUGACUUGCUUUUGAAAUUUGCCAAAUUGGAUUUCAACAUGUUGCAAAAGCUUCAUCAAAGAGAGCUUAGCGAUCUUACGAGCUGGUGGAAAGAUUUGGAUCUUAUAAACAAAUUGCCAUAUGUAAGAGACAAAUUAGUGGAGAGUUACUUCUGGAUGUUUGGAGUGUAUUUUGACCCUCGAUAUAGUCGUGCGAGAAAAAUGCAAAUAAAAGUAUUCAAAAUGAUCUCCACCAAUGAUGAUACAUUUGAUGCUUAUGCAACCUAUGACGACUUGUGCUUUUCACCAAUGCGGUACAAGAGAUGGGACGACAUAUGUGCCAUGGAUUCAUUACCGCCAUAUAUGAGUCCUCUUUAUCAAGCCAAUCUUGAUAUCUUCAAUGAAAUGGAAGAGGAAUUGGCCAAAGAAGGUAAAUCAGAGCGCAUCUACUAUGGAAAAGUUGAGAUGAAAAAGCUUGUGAGAGCCUAUUUUAAAGAAGCCAAAUGGUUGAAUGCUGGCUACAAUCCAAAAGGUGAGGAGUAUAACAAGAAUGCACUUGUAACCGCUGCCCUUUCCUUGGUUGGUAUGGAAGAAGUUAUAACAAAAGACAUUUUCGAAUGGAUUACAAGUGAGCCUUCAAUUGUUCGAGCUUCAUCAACAAUCCCCAGAUUAAUGGAUGAUAUUAUCGACCAUGAAUUAA